GUUUUUCAACCUCCUGUUCUGUUAUUUUUGCUCCAUGUCAGUGAGAAACACGGCAACAGAGCAAAAUAGAUUUUUCUCAUUUACCUUUUUCCCCAAUGAAACACCACCAAAAAUGUAUUAAAAGUGCAAGGUAUUGAAAUGUGUGAGCAUCAGUGGGACGCUCUAGCUGAAAUUUAUUUGAGAAACCAACGAUACAUUCAGGAAAUUGCUUGUUUGUGUAGCAGAGUUUUUUUACGUAGUAAUAAGGAAUCUAUACAGACGACACCUCUUGACGAUAGUAUUUCGGAAGACGAUGCUCAGAAUGAAGAGAACCCUGAUAAGGUUGAUGAGGUGAAAGAUGUUCCCCAUAGAACAAGAUGCGUUUCUUUAAAGAACGAGAACGAACAAGAAACCACAAGCUGUUACUGCAGUGCCUCUCACACUGACAACUUUUCUACCGACGAGCAUGACAGCCUGAGGGAAGGUUACGACCCCUCCUCAACUGUUGUACGAGGUAUCCAGCAAAGUGACAGUGGUGCAGACUUAACUGAAAUCUUAAAAUAUGACAUUGAAGCUGAUUGGCAGAAAUUCUGGUCAUUGAAUGGGGAAAGGUUGAUAUGGGAAUCAUGGAUCGAGAAGUACAGUGCAUAUAUCAACCCGGAUUACUUGCAGUACCCUAAUCAGGUGUUUGGGGAAGGAAACGGUAGAAUACAAGAUACUGUAGAAAAUCCUCAAUCAAAGCCAGAAAAAUUCUCAUUCGAUGAGAAAGACGUCAACGCUCUUAUCAAACCAGAAUGUAGUUACAAGAAAGAAAACACGCAUAGGAAUUUGGCAUUACUGAGAAAUUUGUCUGUAAGCGACGAAAAACUAUUCACCGAAAUAUCCGAUGGCUGGAACCCACUGUCACCUUUGAGUGUUGAGGGAGAAACUGAAGUAGAAAGAUUGCUAAGUUCCAGAUGUGGUUCCCAUGCAAGUGGUUCAGUUAGAACAGUAGAUUCUAUGACAAACGUGACACGAAUGACAGUUUCUUCCAUUGAUCUAAGCAACAGUACAUCUAGCUCCGAUAGUUUCUCAUCUGUCAGUUCUAUCAGCAGUUCUGUAGCAUCUGAAGAAGCGGAAGAACAGGUAGAAGACUAUCAAGGUCAGUGGAAUUUUUUAUGGAAGAAACACUAUGAGGAGGAAUAUUUGCGGCAAUACAACAAGUUUAUCAAAUGUACAGAUUCUUCAACGAAUAGUGAAAUAGCAGAAGAAGUGCUGCCAACUAUCAAAGGUGAUUUGAAUAUCAAGAAGUGUGUAGAAGUGAUAUCAGACAUAUCGAGAAAAGUGGAUUUGAAAUCGACAAAAAUCAAAUCGGAUUCGUUAGUUGUUAAUACCCUAUCGAAAAUCUUUGACAAUCUAAACAUGUCAAGUGACGAAGAAAAUUCAGAGGCAUCAGAGCAAGAGAAUGAAGAAAUGGGCUCUGAAGCAGCUCAAAUGGAAGCUUUGGGAUUGCCUACCUCAUUUUGUAAGAGCAAAAAUCCGCCAUCAGUUGGAAAAAGCAGUGUGCCUAACAAAAAUAUCGAUAAAUCGGACAGUUUUAAUGCUGGAAGAAAUCGUGUAAGAGCUGCCUUUAACAUAUUAGGAAUCGAGUUCCAAGAGGACGCGGAAGAAAAAAUGACUGGGCGAGUUGAGUAUAUAAUGAAGCAUAUUAGACACCAAAAUAGACAACUCAAAAUCAGAGCUAACAAGAGGCCUAAGCACUUGUAUUUCGAUGAAGACGGCAAUGCUCUCGACAGUAAAGAUAACGCUGAUGAGAUGUUGCCUGGGAUUUUGUCCGACGAUUCUGACAAUAGAUUAAGUUCGUGUGACGAGGAGACUAUUCUGAUUGACGUAACAACUUCUAAACAGGAUGAGAAAACUGAAGUUUCUACCACAAGUAAACGAAAGAAGAGAAAGAGGAGUAAGUUAAACUUACCUCCAGAAAUAAAAGAAAAUGAGAAGUUGAGGAAAUAUUGGAAGCGACGUUUUUCCUUGUUCAGUAAAUUUGAUCAGGGAAUCAAGCUAGAUGAAGAGAGUUGGUACUCUGUAACUCCUGAGCUAGUAGCAAAACAUGCUGCUGAAAGAUGUCGAUGUGACCUCAUAAUAGAUGCCUUCUGUGGGGCAGGUGGAAAUGCUAUACAAUUUGCGUCUACUUGCAAAAAAGUAAUCGCAAUAGACAUUGACCCUAAGAAAAUAGAAAUGGCUCAAAACAAUGCCACGGUGUAUGGUGUGGAAGAAAAAAUAGAGUUCAUAGUUGGAGAUUUCUUCCAACUCGCUCCAUAUUUGAAAGCUGAUGUUGUAUUCUUGAGCCCGCCUUGGGGUGGUCCAUCUUAUUCAACGACGCCAAUUUACGAUUUGGAAACGAUGCUUCAGCCAUUCCCGCUUUCCAAACUAUUAGAAGCAGCAAGGGAGAUAUCCGAGAAUGUUGCUAUAUUUUUGCCAAGAAAUAGCAAUACGUGUAGCCUAAUAUGUGCCGCAGGACCGAACGGAAAGGUAGAAAUAGAACAAGAUUUCCUAAAUAAGAAGCUGAUAUCCAUCACUGCAUACUACAGUGAACUUAUCAACCAGAAUUAAUUUUAUUCCAUAACUUAAGUUUAAACACUGUAUUUUAAGUGAUAUGGUUUAUACCUGUUUCUCAUAUAUGUUGUGUAUUUUCAGUGUUAAAAUAUAAAGUACUAACCAAUAUAAUAGAUUGGGAAGUUAUUUAGAAAGAGAGGUAAAGGUCUGAUGUUGGUAGCUGAAUCUAACCUGAAAAUACCACCCCUUAAGCUGUGUAUCAAUUUGCAAUGCAGUUGGUUAGUUUUAUAUAAUUUAUUGUCAAAUGAUACUUUUGAUGAUUGGUUGGACGUUUUUUUAUUUGUAAUAAACAAUAAUCCGAAUAAAUUCAUUGUGGAAUAAACUAUUGUAUUGGUG